UUUCCCUUCUAAAUAGCGUGAAAAAUCAUUCCAAAAUCAUGGAAAAACCACAGAAAAUGCCAAAAGUGGCAAAGGUAAAAAACAAAGCACCGGCGGAGGUGCAGAUCACCGCGGAACAGCUGCUCCGCGAAGCGAAGGAGCGUGAUCUGGAGAUUUUGCCACCACCGCCGAAACAAAAAAUUUCCGAUGCAGCCGAACUGGCCGACUACCAGCAGCGUAAGCGCAAAACGUUCGAGGACAACCUUCGCAAGAACCGGAUGGUCGUGAGCAACUGGAUCAAGUACGCUCAGUGGGAAGAAUCGCAGAAAGAAAUCCAGCGCGCCCGCUCGAUCUGGGAGCGUGCGAUUGAUAACGAGCAUCGGAAUAUUACGAUAUGGCUGAAGUACGCCGAGAUGGAGAUGAAACACCGGCAGGUGAACCAUGCCCGCAAUUUGUGGGACCGUGCGGUCACGAUAAUGCCGCGCGUCAAUCAGUUCUGGUACAAGUACACGUACAUGGAGGAAAUGUUGGAGAAUGUGGCCGGUGCACGGCAGGUGUUUGAGCGCUGGAUGGAAUGGCAGCCAGAAGAGCAGGCCUGGCAGACGUACAUCAACUUCGAGCUGCGCUACAAAGAGAUCGACCGGGCACGGUCGAUCUACGAACGGUUCGUGAUGGUACAUCCGGAAGUGAAGAACUGGAUCAAGUACGCACGGUUCGAGGAAGCGCACGGGUUCAUCAAUGGAGCGCGGACCGUUUACGAACGUGCGAUUGAGUUUUUCGGAGACGAUCACGCUGACGAACGAUUGUUUAUUGCGUUUGCCCGGUUUGAGGAGGGACAAAAGGAGCAUGACCGUGUUCGGGUCAUCUACAAGUACGCCCUGGACCAUUUGCCGAAGGAUCGCACCACAGACCUUUACAAAGCGUACACGAUUCACGAGAAAAAGUAUGGUGAUCGGUCGGGAAUAGAGGAUGUGAUUGUUUCAAAGCGCAAGUUCCAGUACGAGCAGGAAGUGAACGACAAUCCAACCAACUACGAUGCGUGGUUCGAUUAUCUCCGACUGGUCGAGAACGAAAACGAUCCCGAAUUGAUACGCGAAACGUAUGAACGAUCGAUUGCGAACGUUCCACCGGCAAAGGACAAGAACCUCUGGCGUCGAUACAUUUACUUGUGGAUCAAUUACGCGCUGUACGAGGAGCUGGAGACGGAAGAUCUCGAACGGACCAGACAAAUCUAUCGCACCUGUCUUGAGCUGAUCCCCCACAAACUGUUUACGUUCAGCAAGAUUUGGCUGCUGUAUGCUCAGUUUGAAAUCCGUUGCAAAAAUCUUCAAACUGCUCGCAAAACGCUUGGCAUGGCGAUUGGGCGCUGCCCGCGGGAUAAGCUGUUCCGCGGCUACAUCGAUCUAGAGAUACAGCUGCGCGAGUUUGACCGGUGCCGUAUUUUGUACGAAAAGUUUCUCGAAUUCGGUCCCGAAAACUGUACCACCUGGAUGAAGUUUGCCGAACUGGAAUCGUUGCUCGGUGACACGGAUCGGGCACGGGCAAUUUACGAGCUGGCCAUACAGCAACCGCGCCUCGAUAUGCCCGAAUUGCUGUGGAAGAGUUACAUCGAUUUUGAGGUACAGCAGGGCGAGUUCGAAUUGGCACGCCAACUUUACGAACGGUUGCUCGAACGUACGGUGCACGUGAAGGUUUGGAUUUCGUACGCCAAGUUUGAAAUAAGCGCUGAAAACGAAGAGGAAGGACUGAACGUACCACUGGCCCGGCGCAUAUACGAGCGAGCCAACGAAUGUUUGAAGGGUUUGGCCGAGAAAGAAUCGCGUGUGCUGGUGCUGGAGGCAUGGCGUGACUUCGAGCGCGAUCAGGGUGAUGAAGCGAGCCUGAAGAAGGUGCUGGAAAAGAUGCCACGGAAGGUGAAGAAGCGGCAGAAGAUUGUGUCGGAGUCGGGUGUGGAGGAAGGUUGGGAGGAAGUGUUCGAUUUCAUCUUCCCCGAGGAUGAAAUGGCUCGGCCGAAUCUGAAGUUGCUAGCAGCAGCUAAAAACUGGAAACGCAAACAGGACACGGAUGUUCCGCCGGUAGUAGCCGCAAUGGAGAGCGAUCGGAACGUAUUGCAAGAUGAAGACCCUAGCGAGGGCCAGCAGCAGCAAGAACAGGACGAGGAACAGAUGAACGUUGGCGAAGAGGAAGGAGAAUCGGACCAAGCGGAUAAAGCUGAUGAAUAA